GUUUGUAUUUUCAGUUGUGUGCUUGCGGCUGUGUAUAUUUAUUUGUUUAGCAUACAUUUGCAUAUUUAGAUGAUUGCUUUUCUUUUGUUGCCGCCUAAUAAUGUUGUUAUUUAUUCAGCUAUAUUUUAUGAUGACAUUAACUGCCAAUGAAUAAGCUACUGUCUUUAAAUCACUGAGUGAGCAUAAUCUCAUAACAACAAACCCCGCUUUUGUUUAUUUCAAAUACAUACAUUUGCGGCAGCAUCAUCAUUAUCAUCAUGUUAUGGCGCCUGAACUUGUUAUUAGCGCGUCUGCUACAUUAUGGACGAUUUCGUCUGCUUCUUUCGACGCUUAUACUGUUGCUUUUACUUGGCAUCUUACUGACUUAUCGCUGGCGAACUGAUGCUCAGCUUUGUUUUAUGGAAACGCCAGCAGCCCAACAGCAACAGCCAGUGAAUAUGCCCAAAAUACUUGAUGAUGUGCUGGUUACUGAACCACUGCCUACUCCGGGUCGCAGCAUCUUCUUUCACGAGACCAGCUGCCAUCGACCGAAACGCAAAAGACCGCGUCCUGGGCAGAAGAGUACAGAGAUGCAGUACAACAUGUUGCAAUUGACGGCGAGACAAGCGUGUGCCAUUGAAUCCGCUGCACUGCAUAAUCCCAAUUUCCAGAUCUUUGUCCUGUUUGCCGGUCCCACCUAUCAUUACUUUGGCAACAGUAGCAACGGGAGUGGAAGUGGAAGCAGCCAACGUUAUCAGCCUUUAAUCGAUGCCAUACUGAGCUAUAGAAAUGUGCAGCUGCGUCAGCUAAAUUUAUGGCGUUUUGCUAGCGGCACACCUGUUGAGAAUUGGCUCAACGAUGGUCCACUGUUCCGUUCCAGCUUUCUCUCCUCACACAUCUCUGAUUUUCUGCGCUAUUUGACUCUCUAUCGCUAUGGCGGUUUGCAUCUGGACAUGGAUGUGGUGAUGCUGCGCAGCAUUGAAGACCUGCCACCCAAUUAUACGGGGGCCGAAUCCAACAUUCAAUUGGCCGCUGGUGUUAUGAACUUAGCGCCCAAUGGAUUUGGUCACGAAAUCGCGGUUUCGUGCGUACAAGAUUUUAUGCGUAAUUUCAAUGGCAAAGAUUUGGGCAACAAUGGUGCGGAUGUGAUAACGCGUGUGACACAAAAAUUAUGCGGAACCAAAGAUGUCAGCGUCAUGCUGGAUAAUCGUAAGCGUUGUUUGGGCUUUAAAGUGUUCGAACGCAACGCCUUCUACGCAGUACCGUGGAAACGUUGGCGACACUUUUUCGAACCGCAGUUGCUCGAACAAACGCUUGCACACACUAAGGAUUCUAUUGUGGUAAAUUUGUGGAACAAACAUUCAAAACAACAAGUAAUUAAAGUCGGUUCAAGUACCGCAUAUGGUAAAUACGCAGAACAGCACUGCCCACGAUCGUAUGCGGCAGCUGGUGAAUAUUUCUAAGUGAUCAAUUAGAUCUACUCUAUACCAGAGAUCAAACAAAAAGAGCGCACAGUGAGAGAGCCAUAGAGAAAAA